GGAGGAGGAGAGAGCGGGCCCGCCUCUCGCCCCGGAGAUGCACUGAUCCGUGAAGGGAGCCGGCGGCGGCGGCGGCAUUCGCGCGGUCGGUCGGUCGUCCGUCCGGCUGAAGGGGAAGAUUAUUGCACAAUGUCCCAGAUCCGGAUUCCUGGAACUUCGGGUUAUGCUUUAAUGAGUGAUAAAUCAUUAGAGUUCUAUAAGGACCCAAUGCAUUUUUGCAACAGUCGAAUUCAUAGCUAUGGAAGCAGGGUUUUCCAAGCACGUCUCCUCAACAAACCAACUAUAUUUGUGUGUUCAGUGAAAGGAAUGAAAGAAUUGCUGUGUGCUAGGAUGUCAGUAUUUGAAAAGGAUCCUUCUGCAGUUAUGCAUGAAUUGUAUGGUGGCAAUCUAGUAACAACAGAUGGAGAAGAAGCUCAGUUAUUAAGGCUGUCAUUAAUGCAACUUUUUAGAGGCAAGGCUGUUGAUACCUAUGCAGAUUAUGUUAACAGGGUUUGUAUAAGGAAUCUGAAAGAACUCUCGCUGAGCAGUGAGCCCGUUGCAGUUUAUACUCUGUUCAAACGUUUGGCUACAGAACUGGUACUAGGAAUUUUUCUUAAUGUUGAUGCAGAGGAAUCUGCAGCACUCUCCAAACAGAUUACACAGCUUUCAACGCAACACUGGCAUGGACUGAUCUCUGCUCCUGUGAAAGUGAAAGUAUCAGUGUGGUCCUCCGCGUUUACUCAGGCACUGGAAGCAAAAGAAAAGCUGCUUAACAUCAUUAAUGAACGUCUCAAGAGCGAGGAGGAUGGGCUGAUCGCCAAAAUAAGGACUGUACCAUUCCCAGAAAACACCAAUGCAGCACAGCAUCUUCUCCUGUUCAUUUCGGCACUAAUCCCCAAGGCACUUGCAUCGUUGUUGACCUCCUUUACAGUGGAGCUUGCUGGCUCAGACAAGGUUGAUCUCCGCAAACGAGCUCAAGAAAGUGAAGAUUAUUUAGACCACGUGCUACUAGAGGUGGAAAGACUCUGGCCGUCCUUUAUUGGGGGUCGAAGAAUCGCAAAGCAGGACACCACCCUAUGUGGUUAUGUGGUCCCGAAGGGUUAUGUAGCAUUAUUCGUCGCCUUUGCUGUCCAUAGGGAUCCUGAAAUUUUUGAUGAUCCUGAUGAAUUCCAACCUGAAAGAUGGUCUGGGAGAAAUGCUGGUCAAGAAAAGCUCCUGUGCUGUUUUGGAAAUGGAUCUAGAAACUGUAUUGGCAUUGAUUUGAACAACAUGAUAUUGAAGACAACAGCUGGAUAUUUGCUCAAUCACUACUGCUGGCAAUUGGACCCUCCCAAUCAAAGCCUGGAGUACAAAUGGCUUCCUGUCUCCCGACCUGCUGAAGACCCCAAAAUUAAGUUCACAUCAUGUUCCAGCAAAACUUAGUUCUCUCCAUCAACUGCUCAUGAAAUUACUUAUAGUUCACUGCAUCAUUUGUCAAAGAACAGUGUGAUCAGUGAGUCACCAUACAACAGUGCAACGUGAUAACAUCACUGUGAGGACCGGAUGCAAUUGUGUCAUAAUUCAGCGUGAGAUUUUUUUGGUGUUGAGCUUGCAGUAGGUAUCAAAUGUCUUGUUUUUUUGCUUUUGAAGGACAGAGCAAGAAAAUGUAGCUAUAAUGUCCUCAUUUUACUGUAGAGAGUAUCUUUAUUAAAAUAGUUUUGACUUGAGUCAGUAGUGAAUCUUUUAAAACUAAAUGUGGCAAAGACUUGAAGGAAUAAUUUCCCCAGUUUUAUCUCUGCCAUGGACCAUGGCUUAUUGUGAAUAUGGGUGUGUACUGCAUGUAAUUUUCCAACCAGCAGUUCCUGAUAGACACUGCCAGUAGGCAAAACUUUAAAAUGAUCCUUUUAAUAUGAGCUGGAUACAUUAGACCAAGUACAUGAUAUAGCACUGCUUAAGGACGUAUAUCCAUGGUAACCACUGUAAUCAGUAGAUUUUUCAUUCCUUUCUGUUACCACUAUUCCAUUCCCAAUCUCCUAAGUCUCACACUGAAGAGCAAAUAUUACAAUAUGGAUUCCUACCUCUGAACGUAGCGCACAUAGAAUCAUUGACAAUACCAACACACUGGAUUGGGUAAUGUCAGUUUUCAGGGGUCACUUAAAGGAAAAGACAGCUGCAAAAGUAGCUGCUGUAAUUGUGAACCAUCUCCCUUCAAUUUUCUAAACAAGUCUUUGAACAUCACCUGUAAUCAAAAAGCACUUUAUACUCUUAAUUAUAAAAAGGCUUCUUAAACUCAUCUGCUAAUAGGUAAUUAUUGGUUUAAAAAGUGCCAUGUGCCUCACUUAUUCCAAUCUACAAAAUGGUGUAUCAGUUAUACUGCUACGGUUGCAAACCAGACAACACAGGCCAGAUUUUCGUGUCUGUUUGGAGACAAAAAUGGCAAAAACUCGUUUUGU